AUGAUGCCAAAACUCGCAAAGGGUUAUCUGAGAUGCGGUAAGAUCUUGAGCCUCACUAAGAAGACGGACCUCGCUUUGCAAAUAUACGAAAGAGGUUUGUUGAAGGUCAAGAUCUCAUCCCCAGGACCAGGUAGAGUGGUAUGCUUCUCAACAGUAUCCAUCACCGCAUUGGCUCAGAUCGUAUUUCCCACGCCGGCGUACCUCAAUCAAGAAGUCGGAUUCCCAUUCGACUCUCCUCGGCCAGCUCAGUACCAGUCGCCAGAUCCCGCUCACGGAGAGGCCCCUGACUCGACCCACAGCGCACUCGAUCUAUACCAGUGCCUAUAG